CUGACACUGCAGAACUACAACCCCCAGAGCCGCCCGCGGCGCGUAUGCGCAGUUCCUCCUGUGUUGAGUAUGGCUACGGUGCUGUCCAGAGCUCUGAAGCUGCCAGGAAAGAAGUCUCAUGACCCCAGGGAAUAUGACCCUCUCACGCAGGCAGACAGUGAUGAAAGUGAAGAUGAUCUUGUCAUUAACAUCCAGCAAAAUGGAGUUCAGAAUGGAAAAGGUACCCGAGGUGCAUCUCAUGACCCCGACUCUGAUGUUGAAGGAACAUCGAAGAGAGUCCAGCAGCGACCGGUAGAUAAUAAACAGGAUGGGUUCUCUACUGGUGGUGUUCUGGAACCAGAGCUCAAGGGAACAUCUUCUUUGGUAUCGUAUGUGCGAACCACAGUCUUCCUUCUCACAGUUGUCAUCUCUAUGGUAAUGGUGCUUGUUUGUGCGUUCCUCAUCCCUUGUCAGCUGAGCGGUCAGCACAAUUUAUGGGCACUCACUGUGGGAUAUGAAACAGAGGUUUCAUCUCCUUUGGAGCUGUUUGAUGUGAAUAAGGACGGUGUGCCGGAUAUCCUGCUGUCAUAUUUGGCUCCCAAUGUCAAUGCUUCACAUGCUUUUUUGAAACAGCAACUCUCCAUUUCUGUCCUCUCGGGCUAUAAUGGGAGCGUCUUAUGGAGCAGACACAUUGAGGAGUAUUUACGGAGUAUUCAGUGCGGGCAGCUGAUCAUGGUGCCUCAGCAGAAUGACACAUGUCUUUUAACUGGAACUUAUAAACUACUGCGUUUGGUCAGCGCAUCCACAGGGGUAACUAUAUGGACCAUAAAUCCAAGCCAUUUGUCCAGUGGUACAGUGGCAGCACCUGCUGUGCUUCUUCCAGAUCUGGAUGACGAUAAUACCAGUGACUUGCUGAUUCUUACCAUUGGGGAAAGUCAGCAGGAACUAGGAUUUCUCUUGGUGUCUGGACGUACUGGGAAACCAUUGGGUGGAAUAGUAAAAUACAACAUCAUGGCUGCAGGAAAAGUUCUAGGACCUCAGACGUAUGUCACAAGCCAGGGGGCUAUUUACAUUCUUUUCGGUUUUGGGAACAUACAGGCUGUUGCAUUGAGAGAUAUAUAUGCACAGGCUAAAAACAGAGAUCGUUUCCCAAGUCUCCUCCAGAAAAAUGAGCCAGACUGGGAGAAGCGAAGAGCUGUAAAUCUGUCCAAAUUGAUCAAUGUUUACAGUGCAGGAGUGAAGUUUCUGCAAGUCAUACCGGUUUUUGGGAGCAACUGCAGCGAUCUACUUGUCACUACCAAAGAAGGACUCUCUCUUCUGAGGGGGCAAGAUCUGGAACAGAGAUGGAGCAUCCGUCUUAGCAAUAUUCAAAGUUCUCCUCAGCCUGGUUACUUUAACAAAGAUGGAGACCUAGAUUUUCUAUUACAGAUUCAGAGCAGUAAGACUGAAAAAAAGGUGGUUGUGAUUGAUGGAUCCACAAGCGCAUCACUUUGGGAAUGGGACGUUGCAUGGCAUCAAAAAGAAGCUGAGGCUAUCUCACUUUUAACUGCUGAUGGGAAAUCGGUCUUCAUUUUCUGGGGAGAAGGAACUCCUUUAGCCAACAGCUCUGUGUUACAUACAAAAGCAGCAGUGCCUUGGAAACGACAUCUUUACUUGCUCUACCCAGCCUAUCCAGGAGUCGUUCUGGAUCUCUUCAAUAUUACAACAAGUAUUAUUGCAUCAGUUGCGGGAAUCAGAGAGUUGGAGAAAGAUGCCCUUCUUGCCAUCAUAACUGCAGAGCAAGGGCUGGGCACAUCAGACAAUGUGCCACGAAAUGUGACUGUAAACAAACUGGGCAUGAGAUGGGCUCUGUCCAACAGUCAAGCUCUUUCCCUAGGGAAGGCAAAGAUAAGGCCCAAAGUGGAAGACGUGAAAAGAAUUCUUACCAGGUUGAAGUUCAGCUCUGUUCCCCAACAGCUGUUGUAAACUGGAAGAAUAAAGUUGACAACAACUCCUGGAAAACUGCUUACAAUGUGUACACUGUAGGAUCAUAGAGAGAGGACUCCACAGAAAAGGCUCUCACAAAUAUAGCCUGGCGUUUGGGAGUGACCAUGUUUUUAUUAUGUAUAUCAAUGUUUGUACAGUAUUUAGUUACACUUGCUUAGCACUCCUUGGCAUUCUUUUAUUCUUAUAUGCCAAUCUUCCCAUGCACACGUUCAAUCCUAAAAUGAGGUGACAACUUGCAUCAUUGUAUCUUCAUGGCUGGUACUUCUCCUUUGGUAACAAGAUGGCAGUGCCAUACUUUUUGACUUGGUCCUAUAGCAGUGAUCUGUAGAUAGAUGAAUUUGUUUACAAAAGUGUAGAAUGUGAAUAUUGUACGAGACAUAUUUUCGCAGGUCAGACAAGGAAGAAAUGCAGCUGAAAGCUGGAUAAAUGUUAUAUAUAGUGCUUUAUGACAGCACAACCUACCACCAUCACAUUUCAGUAGAUAGCUCCUUAUAGACCCUACAGGAAAACGAGGAACACACAGCUUGGCAAAGAUUUUAACUUACUUUAUAAUGCUUUACUAAUAUAUCAACAAGGGGUGGUCUUCAGUUUGCCGGCGGCCGGGCUCCCGACGACCAGCAUACCGGUGCCGGAAUCCUGACCGCUGGCAUACCGACAGAUUUUCUCCCUCUUGGGGGUCCACGACCCCCCUGGAGGGAGACCGUGCCCGCAGGCGUGGCGAGCGUAGCGAUCCCGCAAGGGGCUCAUUUGCGCUCGCCCAGCUGUUGGUAUGCCGGCGGUCGGGAUUCCAGCGCCGGUAUGCUGUCCGCCGGGAGCCCGACCGCCGGCAUAACAUACUACACCCAUCAACAAGAAAUGUCCUGCAGUCUUGUGGUCUUUAAACAGAGUCGAGCAUACAGGAAUGGCUGUAAAAUAUCACUGUUGUAAUGUUUAUGGUGCACUAAAAUGUUGAACUAUAUUGUUGAUUUAUAUUGUUGAAGGUCGUUUAUAGAUCUGACUAGUUGCUGGUUAGUCAUUACUCCCUUCAGUAGCAACAUGUGGUUGUUACUGUAAUAACAAAUCAUUUCAUGUACAUGCAAGAAAUCCAUGUUCUUAUACUCUGUAGAUGUUGUACGUACUGUAUAUUUACUCAAAAUCAUAACAGCAUUCAAUUCUUCCCCCUUAGAUUACAUUUUGAAAAUAUUUGCAAUAGUUGGUUUAUUAAUUGACGCAUUUGUAAAAAAAAAAAUCACACUUUACAUAAGGAAUAACACUAUUAUAAAAUAUAGACAAUUUGCAGUCUUAGGGGGAUAUUCAAUUAGCUCCAGCAAUUUUGUAACUAUUGAAUUUACCCCGCUGCGUAUUCCAUUGCGGGCUGUUUUUCACCCAUUUUUAGGGCAUUUUUGCUAAUGCCUUUUCACUUCUUUUUUUAGUGAAAAGGCAUUGGUGAAAAAUGCCUCAAAAUCAGCAUAGCGUAGGUGCGAGAACAUGUGGAUUCGCCGAUCGACAUGUUUUUUACUCCUGCUUGAUUGUUUCGCCUAGACGAAAAAAACGGCCUUUAUAUUGCAUAGGGCGAAUGCCCAUUCUCCCUAAAAAAUAAUGAAAAGUGCCACUUUUUUGCAUAGGUGAAAAAAACUGCCGUAAUGGAAUACCCACCAUAAAUGUAUUUUACAGCAUAAGGUAUGACACAAUUUUCUAUAAGUAUUAAGUAAAACGUGGAUGCCACUUGCUUUGGCCCUUACAAGCUCUUAGACUAAAACAUUACAUCAGUUCCUCUUUGCUUCCAAAGGGCCUGCGAGUGUAAGUAUUAGGUCUCUGCAGAUCUUUUCACCACUGUCUUAAUAAUAAUAAUAAUAAUAAUAAUUGUAUUUAUAUAGCGCUCUUUCUCCAAUAGGACUCAAGGCGCUUAACAGAUACAUAGCAUAAUAUAGUACAGAAAAUAAUGAAGUAUAGAACAGCUUUUCAUAAAAUAAAGAAGCAUGAAGAUACUAAAGGGACAUUAUGGAAAUGCUUGAGUAAACAGGAAAGUCUUGAGUCUACUUUUGAAGGAUUCUAUAGUUGGAGCCUCUCGCACUGUGCGGGGAAGUGAGUUCCAUAAAGUCGGAGCCGCAUGACUAAAAGCUCGACCCCCAGAUGAAUUACGGUAGAUUCUAGGUACUGCUAAAAGUCCUUCAUCUACAGAUCGCAGUAAUCGAGUGGGGCAGUAUGGGGUCAGAAGCUGCUUCAGGUACCUUGGGCCUUGGUCAUGUAAUGCUUUGAAACUCAGUAAGCCAAUCUUGAAGAUGAUUCGGCAUCUUAUAGGCAGCCAGUGAAGGGAGUAGAGGAUGGGUGUUAUGUGGCUAGAACGGGGCUGAUUGAUUAACAGCCUGGCAGCUGUGUUUUGCACCAGCUGUAAGCGGUGCAAUUCUUAUGCUGGGAGACCAAGGUAGAGGGCAUUACAGUAGUCUAAUCGAGAUGAUACAAAUGCAUGUAUGACUUUUGGCAGAUCAUCUGAGGAAAUUAAGUGCUUGAUUCUGGCUAUGUUCCUCAGGUGAAAGAAUGAGGAUGUCAAGCCACCAUCCAGGACAACGCCAAGAUUCCGCACACAAUUAGUGGUUUGUAGUUCUGAAUCCCCGAGUGUAAGUCCAGUUGGUUGGCUAUGCUGCAGUCUUUUCCUUUGAUGUGGCGGUCCUAUCAUAAGGACCUCUGUUUUAUCCGGGUUCAGUCGCAGCCAACUGGCGCUCAUCCACUCCUGGAGCUCAGCUAGACAGCCAUUUAGGGUUGCUAUUGGGUUAUCAGUGCCCGAAGCAAAGGACGAGUACAGUUGUGUAUCAUCUGCAUAACAAUGGUAGACCAGGCCAUGGCGCCUGAUUAUUUUACCCAGCGGAAGCAUGUAUACUGCAAGAAGCAUGGGGGAUUAGUAUAGAACCUUGUGGGACACCACAUGGCAAUGGCACUGAUGGUGAUGAGUAUACUCCAGACGAUACUCUCUGUGAACUGCCUGUGAGAAAUAAUUUGAACCAGUUUAGGACUGUGCCAUCCAGUCCACAAAAAUGUAUCAGUCGCUCAAUCAGAAGCCCAUGGUCCACGGUAUCAAAUGCUGCAGAAAGAUCCAGAAGGAUUACUAUUGAACAGUCACCUCUGUCUUAUCAUGGUCAGUGAUUGUGUUAAACAUUUGUAAGUCAGGCGAAUCCCAUCUCACAUAUAGAAAACAAUCUGUUUUCCUUGUGAACGCACAGUUGUUUCUUAACCACCAAGACCCAAAGAUCAGUGUAGGAGCUCGCUCCGUCCUGUGCUUUUAGAGGCACUGUAUGGUGACAUCAGGCUCUCACACAGUUUCCCUAGCAUUAGUAUACUUGUCAACAUACUCUAGGCAGUUAUCAUAUUAGCACAUUAAAAAUAAACUGUGCGUAAGCUCGUAUGAGCAGGGCCCUCUUCUAUUUAAUAAUUGUGAUAACUGCACGCUGUAAUGUGUCAUGGAAUCCUUGUGGCGCCUAUGAAUAAAAAAAAAUAAUUUAGUAUUUUUUUCUGAAUUUCACAAUAAGAAACUUUUGACCUAGUGGUGCCGUGAAAAAAAUUCUGAUACUCUAGGGCGCCAUGAUUCAAAAGGUUAGGGAGUCUCUGCAGUACACUGAUGUUACUCUGUGCUGCCUUUUAUUAUAUACCAUGCAUAUUUUUGAUUUUGGAUCUUGGAUAAGCAGAUACUGUACAACAGAAAAAAAACAAAAAGUGUCUCUACUAGGUGCACUAUUGUUAAAAUAUACCUUUUAUUUCAUAUAACUAAUUGCAUGUCAGUGACUAUGUAUAUAUAUAUAAGAGCGAACACUUGUAGAAAUCAAUCAGUAUUAGAACAGUAACUUUCCCAGUUUUCUUAAAGUAAAAACAUUAGUGUAAACGCUUAAAAAAUGUUUGUCCUAUUUAAAAGAAAUAUUUAAGUUUUGCUGUAUUAUUCAUAUUUUUUAGUACUGUAUUAUGAAAGGAGAGAGGAUAACGGUACUGCUGCCAUAAAGAUUUGGUAGUUAUUGGAGGGAGUGGAUCUGAUUCAUGUCCCGACGAAUAUGCGGCGCAUGCUGCAAAGAACCAAUAUACGGUACUUUUUGCAUGUGCAGUAUGGGUCUGUGACAUCAGACACAGAUCUACAGAAGACUGUCAGUGAUUGACAGUCUGACGCUGUUAGGGGGUAGUGACGAGGCCAGGAUUUCCGUCUGAUGAUGGAAAUUUCCUGGCCCCUUGGUCAGAGCUGCGGCGGAUGGCUGCAUGAUCCCAUGGGUCUUGCAGCCGGCCGAUGGUGUCACAGAUGUUCCGAUGCUGUGUCCUAGGAUGCAGCUCGGAUCGCUAAUGCAUGCAGGAGGUGUGACGCCUGCUGCAUUACCAUAUUAGCGUGAUAGCUACUGCAACCACAUCUGAACCAGGCCCCGUGUCAGUUAGUACUGAUGUAAUUGUAAACUUGCCGAUUGUGUGUGUGUGUGUGUUUUCCUUUUUUUGCCCAGCUGUAGUUUCUUGAUUUUUCAGGCAACUUGUGAACUGACCCUAGUGUGUGUGUGUGUGUGUGUGUGUGUGUGUGUGUGUGUGUGUGUGUGUGUGUGUUAGGCACUAGCACUUCCUACAUACAGCGCAUCUGUUAAGAAUGUGAAUCUGCACUGUACAUACUGUGUUGACUGUUUAGUAAUGUCAGAUUUUUAAUUUAUGAAAUAAAAAAAAUACUUAACACUAUGUGAAUACA